AUGGAUGACGGAGAACUCGAUUUCUCCAACCACGAGAUGUUUGUGGGUGAUAUCCCGAGCAGUGGUUUCAUUAAUAGCUUCUUCGAUGAAAUCUUCAACGACACACACGCGUAUACUCAUAAGCACACAUGUAACCCUCCAGGACCUGAUUCAUCACACACGCACACAUGUUACCAUGUGCACACCAAAAUCCUACCUCUUACGAGCAAUGACGACAAAACCCCUACAGAAGACACAGCUGAAUCCUCCGACAAAAAAGGUAAGAAUUGUCCAUCAGGAAACUGGGAAGCUGUGAGAAAGUAUCGUGAAAAGAAGAAGGCGUGUGCUGCUUCAUUAGAAGACGAAGUAGUUAGAUUGACAGAAUUAAAUCAACAACUGAUGAGAAGAGUUCAGAGUCAAGUAGGAUUAGAAGCAGAAGUAGCGAGGCAAAAGUGUUUGCUUGUGGACAUUAGAGGGAGAAUCGAUGGAGAAAUCGGAUCUUUUCCUUAUCAAAAACGCCACCAUCCGGUGGGUAAUCAGAAUUGGUAA